ACGGGGAAGUGGGGAACAAAGAGGAGGAGAGAAAACCCUAAAAAAACGGCGGUGGAACUCUCCGAGUAUCUGAGACUGAAGCGUCUGAGAAGCGUAGACGCAAAUGGAAAUGACAAAAGACUUAUUGAGGGUAACAGAGACAGAAGGGAGAGGGAGGGCGUUGGUGGCGGCUCAGCCACUGAAGGGCGGUCAAAUCGUUCUCAGAGACUCUCCAAUCCUCCUAUACUCUGCUCUUCCUCUCCUCUCUCCUUCUCUUCACCCUUACUGUAACCACUGCUUCAAAACCCUAAAGCAACCUCAACCUCAAGCUGCUGGUUCUUCAGCUUGUGUAUGUCCAUGGUGUUCACACCAUGCCUUCUGCAGUUCCAAUUGCCUCUCCUCUGCUCUCUCCUAUUCCCACUCUCCUUGGGUCUGCCAAGCCCUCCGCCGCCUCCGCGACUCCCCUUCCCCUCUCUCCGGCCAACCGCUGGAGCGUCAGGUCCAGGUCCGCUUCCUCAUCGCCGCCUACAACCUCGCAAUCGUUUCCCCGUCCAAUUUCCACAUGCUCUUGUCUCUCCAGGGCCAGCCAGAGGACUCGGCCGCCGCCGACACCACCGCGGCUGCCCACUUUCUGCAUUAUCUCAUCUCUUCCCUCUGCGCUCCUCCUCCCGCUCUCCAAGAGCAGCAGCUGUUUUCGGCGGAGCUCUCGGCGGCUCUGCUGGCCAAGGACAAGCUAAAUGCCUUUGGAUUAAUGGAGCCCUUCUCGGAAACUUCGCAGAGGUCCAGCAGAGCCUACGCCAUUUAUCCAAAGGCUUCGUUCUUCAACCACGAUUGUCUCCCCAAUGCCUGCAGAUUCGAUUAUGUCGACGCUGACGGCGACCGCAACACCGAUAUGGUGAUCAGGAUGAUCCAUGAUGUUCCGGCGGGAAGGGAGAUUUGCUUGAGCUAUUUUCCGGUGAACCAGAGUUAUUCUAGCCGGCAGAGGACUUUGGCCGAGGACUAUGGGUUUGCUUGUCAAUGUGAUCGCUGCAAGGUCGAAGCCAAUUGGUCUGAUAAUGAGGAAAACAUUGAGGGUGAGGAAGAAGCAGAGGGCAUGGACGAGGAACAAGACCAGGAAAUGGAAGCAGCCUCAGAAUCAGAACCAGAGUCAGGUAGCGACAUUGAAGAAGCCCAAGCCCAAGUGGAAUCUGAUUUCCCACACGCCUAUUUCUUCCUCAGUUUCAUGUGUAAUAGAACCAAUUGCUGGGGCACUCUGGCCCCCUUGCCCCCAAAAGAUGAUGGAACUCCUUCUAAUGUCAUGGAAUGCAAUGUCUGUGGCAACCUGAAGAAAGAUGAAGAGAUCAGUGGUCAUGAUCAUGAUGGGCUCUCAAUCGAUGGCUAAAUUAACUGCUCUCUUCGUUGCUUGCUGGCUUUCUGCUUCAAGAGAUCAAAAAUUGGUGCACCAUGAUCCUCUCAGUUAAAGAAAUCAUAAACAGCCUUAGAGGUUUUGGAGGUUUCUUUUGCAGUGGUUACGCCUCUAUCUAUGCGAUGGGUAAGCUGGCAUAUUCUAGUUCUCAUUAAGAGAUAUUAUGACCUAAUGAUUUCUGUGGGUGGAUUGUUGUUGCCUGUGCCAUAGUCUUGUAAUCUAGGAAAAGUUUGUUUUCCUAAGUCAGAGCCAACAGCUUCUUGGUGGAAAUUCUAGACUUGAUACCAAACUGGGUUAGGAAAGCUUAGUUUUGUCCAAGGUUUGGUGACAUGCGGGAUUACAAUGUUGACUUUUGGUAAUAGAAGUUGUAUGACAAAGGGUCGUUAGUUUGCAUGUUGUUUAAGCGUGUCUGCAUAAGCUAGCUGUUUGGAAUUGUAUUUAUCAUGUAGAAAAGGUUAUGCUCACACA